AACCAAUUCUCCGAAAACUCUGCUCUACUCUGGUCGGGGGGGGGGGGUUUCUUUGGCCUCUUUUCUUUUGUCAGUUCUUUUGUGAGUCCGAGGUUUCUGCCGGGCACCACAACUCUAACUCCUCUGUGAUUCUUCUUCACCUUUACACCUCUCGCCUUUAGUAGGGAAGAAUUAGUGGAUCCUAAGUGUUGCUUCUCUAGCAUCUGAUUUGGGAUGGGACGUUUAGUUGGAGGAUUCUGCCUUUGACGAAGAACUUCACUUGAGAGGUAGUUGUCGGUUUCACAUUUGGGUGUGGGCCAGUUCAAGGAUCUUUUUGUGUCGAGCUGGACGCAUUGCUGGUGUACUUGGCUACGAGCUUGGUUUUGAGUAAGUGCUUGUGAAGAGGACUUCUUUCCAUUCGUCUCGAAGAUAAUUUUAGAGUUAGCAUAUCCCGGUGGCUUGGAAGAAUUAGUAUCAGUCUUGUCAGGUACCGAAUGAUCAACUUGAUUCUUCUUCGAGAAUCGCACGGUGGAACUGCAAAAUGAAAUUUGAAGCAAACCACAAGAGGAAUAGGCAGGAGCCCAGAGAUUUUGGGAUCGCUAUAUCGAAUGUUUUGAUUUACCUAGGGUACUUUGGAUUGAGUUCACGACCUUGAUCUUGACGAAUUGAUACAAAUUGGUGUGCACAAAUCAUGUAAACGAGGAACACUUGGUAUCAUCGCCCGCGACUGGACUUGUUCGUUUGUAACAAGUGAAGGCAUUGACGAAGAAACGAUAGCUCCCUACCAUGCACAAUGGAAUGAGAGCAGGGCCGUCAGGAUCCUUGCCAGCUCCCGGUGCGCAGAGCAUGGAGCCUCGCAGAGCAGGAACCUCAUCCAAGCCAAGAAAAGCCGUGAAAGUGAAAGUCGUUGACCUCUACCAAUUCGAAGUGGAGGUUACGAGAGAGGAAGCCGCAGUUCUGAAUAUGGUUAAAGAAAGAGUGAAAGAACAAGGUCGGGUAUGGUGGGCUACAGAAGCAAGUAAAGGAGCUGGAUGGUAUUUGCAGCCUACUGUUUCUUCUCUAACUGAGAGCAACCUCGUGUCGCAUCUUCCUCUCUCCAAUUUCACCGACUCCGGGCAUUUAAAGAAACUAAUAAGGAAAGGAAUUCCCCCUGCGCUGCGAGCGAAGGUGUGGCGGGCAGUCUCUGGCGCCAUUAAGAAACGGUCAACUGUACCUGAUAGUUAUUACCAAGAUCUCAUAGAGGCAGUGCAGGGAAAGGACACCCCUGCUACUCGGCAGAUUGACCAUGAUCUGGAUCGUACAUUUCCUUGUCAUCCAGUCAUAGAUUCUCCAGAAGGACAAGCAUCGUUGCGUCGAAUUCUAAGGGGUUACUCUUUUCGGGACUCUCGUGUGGGGUAUUGCCAAGGCAUGAAUUAUGUGGCUGCCUCACUUCUAUUAGUCAUGAAAACCGAGGAGGAAGCUUUUUGGAUGCUAGCGGUGCUGCUUGAAAACAUAUUGUAUCACGACAGUUAUUCCGAGAAUUUGUACGGGUGCCAUGUAGAACAACGAGUUUUUAAAGAGCUUUUUAAGAAGAAAUGCCCCAGGCUUGCUAUGCACUUGGAAAAAAUAGAUUUUGACUCAUCGCUGGUCACAACUGAGUGGUUUCUUUGUUUGUUUGCAAAAAAUCUACCAUCAGAGACAACAAUGCGAGUAUGGGAUGUCUUAUUCAACGAGGGUGCUGGCAUCUUGUUCAGAGUUGCUUUGGCGUUCUUUAAGAUCAAAGAAGAACAAUUGCUUCGCGCAAAGCAUGUAGGUGAAGCGAUCAAUAUCCUCCAAGAAGCAACACACAGUGCUUACGAUCCUGAAGAAAUCCUCACGGUGGCUUUUGAAAAACUAGGAGCUGUGUCAACUCAAAACAUUACCAAGCAGCGCGAGAAAGAACAGCCUGCUGUGAUGGCCGAAUUGGAGCGACAAGUACAGCGGCUUGCCCGUAGUGACGAUGACUCAGCUUCGAACAGUCCCAGACAACAGGCGCCUUGAACCAUUAGGAAGUUAUUUCUUGAAGGUUUCAGUUUCCUCUGUUCAGCAUUUCUUUAGUCCAUACGAAGGGUCCCAGCCGUGGGUUUUGAUCUGAGAGUAAAUCUCCAUGUAACAACUUGUUUAAGGCAGGGCGUUCAAAUUUUGCAUCAAAGAGGAGGUGGUUAUGUUCAAAUUGUUGAAAGUUGUGGAUAGAUUUAGAGUCCACUAAUAACUCGAUGGCCAAACUUAACCAGUAGAUCAACAUCUGUACUACCGUUACCACACUCAUGUGGAAAGAAUACCAGGCGCUGACUUUGAUCUUAGGUCACUGUCAACCUUUUUCCACUUUUGUAAUGUCUUUUCAUCUUGGAGGAUCUAGAUUUAUAACCACUACCAGUUUUGUCCA